AUGGGGAAUGUACCAUCUUCCCAAAGAGAAGCAAAAGGAAAAGCAAAAGCAAAAGAAGAAGUAGCCAUGUCAAAAGUGUUUAGCCUUCCGGAAGACAUUCAGGUAGAUAUACUCGUAAGAUUACCUGUUAAUUCAAUUUUAAUUUGUAAGUGGGUUUGCAAGCCCUGGCGUAAUCUUAUUCGUACCCGUAAGUUUAUUCAGUAUCACCUUAAUUUUAGUAUUCAGAAAAACAACCGUCGUCUCAUUGUUCGAAGUUUAAACGGGCAAAGUAAUAGUAAACCCAAUAUUUACAGCAUAGAUUAUGGAUUACUAUCUUCCUCAGCUUCGAACUCGUUAGAAUUAGAUGAUGUAUGGCAGGAAGCUUUCCAGAUGGAUUACCCAUUUCAAUGUAAUGCAGUUAAAAGAGUUUGGAUUCUUGGUUCCUGCAACGGUCUAAUUUGCUUAGGUAUUUCGAGUAAUGGUAGAAGUGAAUUUGACGAAGAUAGUAGGAUGUAUGUGUGGAAUCCAACCACUAGGGAAUACAAGAAAAUACCAAUUCUACUAAAUGAUCUCAUAUAUGACUUGAAUGACAAUUUUUACAAUGUUAGAUUUGGGUUUGGUUACGACUCCAAUACUGACGAUUAUAAGGUUGUAAGAAUCGACGAUUAUGCAAGUUCUCGUCACUAUCAAGCUGAUGUGUAUUCAUUAGCAUCCGGUGUAUGGAAAACUAUUCCAACCAUUCCUUACUCCUUCAGAAACACAAAUCGCGGUGUUCUUUUCAAUGGAGCGCUUCAUUGGCUAGGAGGUAGCACUAACAAAAAGACCGCUCCCGAUGUUAUAAUAUCCUUCGAUGUUAGCAAGGAGAUACUCAUCCAUGUGCCGUUUCCUAAAGAAACUAUGCAGCGCCCAAUGUGCAAAGAGUUGGGAGUAUUGGCUGACUGCUUAUGUUUAUAUCUUGGAAAUGAGUUGCGUACUGAAGUCUGGGUGAUGCUGGAUUAUGGAGUCAGAGAGACUUGGUCUAAGCGAUUCACCUUCACCCGAGACAGCUUUCCUGGAUAUGUCUAUCCAAACCCGAUAUGGUCUCUUGGAAAUGGUGAGAUUGUGGUCGUUACUAAUUCUGGUCUUAUUUUAUACGAUCGACAAAAUGGAAUCGUGAGAGACCUUAAUGUUUAUUCCCAAGCAGAUGAUAUGUGCGACUUCUCUACAAAGAUAAGUCAUCACAUGAGUUAUGUGCAAACCUUAGUUUCACUUGGCACAGGUUGUUAUGUGGGGAAAACGAACAGGAUCCAAAAUGGACAUAUAUGGAGUUAUUAG